UGUACGCGCCAGAAACAAAAACCUGAGUGAGAAAAACAGUAAGAGUGAGUCAAAGUGCCGUCUUCAAACCUACAAAAUGCAAACAUAUGUUCUUCUCAGUUUUCACAUCACCCUUUAGCCAUUUCUAGUUUUCAGAGUUUUUGCUUCUUCAAAAAUGGUGGAAGAUGAAGAUUACAGAAGAAAGGCCAAGAUUGCAGUUGUUGCUAUUGUUGUACUUGCUUCUCUUGCUGUUUUUGCUACUUUUGUUGCCUUUUCUUACUAUUGCUACAUCAGUCACAAAGUUUCCAAGCGUAGGCGUAAAAGCCAUAAAGUUGAAGAAGCUAUUGAUAACCUCAACGAGAAAAGUGAUUUUGCAAACCUACAAGUUGUUGCUGAGAAAGGACUUAAGGUGUUCACUUUCAAGCAGCUGCAUUCUGCUACUGGAGGUUUCAGCAAGUCAAAUAUAGUCGGUCAUGGUGGAUUUGGACUUGUUUACCGUGGAGUGCUCAACGAUGGAAGGAAGGUUGCGAUUAAAUUAAUGGAUCAGGCAGGAAAGCAAGGAGAAGAAGAGUUUAAAGUUGAGGUGGAAUUGCUAAGUCGGUUGCAUUCUCCGUAUUUGCUUGCAUUGCUUGGAUACUGCUCUGAUCAUAAUCAUAAGCUGCUGGUGUAUGAAUUUAUGGCGAAUGGUGGUCUGCAGGAACAUCUUUAUCCUGUCAGCAAUAGCAAUUCCAGUGUCAUGUCUGUUAAUCUAGAUUGGGAAACUCGAUUAAGAAUAGCACUUGAAGCUGCCAAGGGUUUGGAAUAUCUUCAUGAACAUGUCAGUCCUCCAGUGAUUCACAGAGAUUUCAAGAGCAGCAACAUCCUCUUGGACAAAAAAUUUCAUGCUAAAGUUUCUGAUUUUGGAUUGGCAAAGCUUGGACCUGAUAGAAUCGGUGGACAUGUUUCAACUCGUGUUUUAGGCACUCAGGGAUAUGUUGCCCCCGAAUAUGCACUGACAGGGCAUUUAACAACAAAAUCAGAUGUGUAUAGUUAUGGUGUUGUACUUUUGGAGCUUCUCACUGGUCGAGUGCCGGUUGAUAUGAAGAGACCUCCUGGCGAAGGUGUACUCGUUACUUGGGCUUUGCCACUUUUGACUGAUAGAGAAAAGGUUGUAAAGAUUAUGGAUCCAGCAUUGGAGGGACAGUACUCAAUGAAAGAUGUUAUCCAGGUAGCGGCGAUUGCGACAAUGUGUGUGCAACCAGAAGCAGAUUAUAGGCCUCUCAUGGCAGAUGUAGUGCAGUCUUUGGUGCCAUUGGUGAAGACUCACAGAUCUCCCUCAAAAGUAGGCAGCUUCUCUAGUUUCCAAUCCCCCAAGUUGUCCCCUGGCCCUGCCCAAUAUCCAGUUGAUGCAAAUGUGUAAUGUAUAAUCAGCAUUUAAAUUAAGGAUUAACACCAGACUUGGGACUUAGAUUUGUGUGCUUGGUAGUCUAUGGUUAAUUUGUAAUCUUAAACCUUAUGGUGCUCUUUUGUAGCGGAAAUAUUUAUGGUUUUAGAUGGCUCAUGUUUUUUUGGGUGUAAA